AUGGCGACUACAACGAGCCCUCGUUCCGACGAGAAAGUGGAUGAUCUAGCGCCUGACGACUUCAUCUACACGCACGUUGACGAUCACCACGACAACCCAAUGGAGAAAACGCGGCGUGUCAGCCGCGCAUGCGACGAGUGUCGCCGAAAAAAGAUCAAGUGUGACGUCCGACCGUGGUCUAACAGAUAUUUUCAAAAUGUCAAGGCUCUCGAAAACCGUCUCUUGAAGGCUGAAGCCCUUCUUCGAACCGUUCUUCCGAAUAUCCACCUCGAUGACCCGCAAUUAGAUGUCCAUGCGACGGCACAAAGAUUCGACGCCGCUCAAAGGGAAAAGAAAGCAACCGAAGAUCCCGAAUCGUCAGUUGGACCAACUGACCCGGCGCCAGAGGGGGAGCUUGGCGCCUCGAAUCCCAUGGGCCCAAUGGCACGAUCCCGUCCUUCAGUCUCUGCGCAUAUGUUGGACAGCCCGAAGUCCAUGUCUAAAUCGCCUCAGGACACCACCUCGCCUCCUACCCACUACCUGCUUCCCCGAGUGGUUGUUCGCCGUUUGUGUCACAAUGCCAUCAACCAUGCCUGCUGCUUGAUGCGCUUUGUGCAUGAACCAUCGUUUUUCGCAAGUCUGGAUCGCAUCUACGAUACUGACCCGGAAGAAUUCACGAACAAGGAAAACUCCUUCCUACCGCUUUUGUAUAUCGUCAUCGCCGUUGCUAACUACAAAGGCGCAAUUGGCCAAGCGUUUCAAUUCUUCAAGGCUGGACGGCAACUGCUCUGUCGUGACCUGGUUUCUCUCCAAGCAAUAUGUUUUAUGCUGCUCUUUCUCCAAUCUUCUGCCACGUUGAGCACCUGUUAUUCAUAUGUGGGAAUCGCCCUUCGCUCAGCGCUGCGAUUAGGUCUUCAUCGCUCUGUUGCAGCAGACUUCAACCCCAUUGAACGAGAACUUCGAAAGCGUAUCUUCUGGGUCAUCCGUAAGAUAAAUAUCUACGUGAGCACGGUGUUGGGCCUUCUUCAGAUGCUGAGUGACGACGAAAUUGAUCAAGAGUACCCAAUAAAAGUCGAUGGAGAUUUCAUUACUUCGGAAGGAAUUACUCAACCGCCAUCCAACUAUACACCGCCGAUGGCAGGAUGCAAUGCGCACACUCGUCUUUCCAACAGUAUUUUGAAGGUUGUGAAAUUCAUCUACCCUGUUAAGAAUGCUCGCUGCCACUCAAAGUCAGACCAGCGAUAUAUGGUCAGUCAUUCCAAAAUCCGCGAGAUUGAGCGGGAUUUGCAAACCUGGAUGGAGGAAUUGCCUCCAGCCUUGCUACCGGGCACAGAAGUGUCGCCCCAAUUAGAACGCAUCCGACAAUUGCUGCGUAUCAGCUAUGCCCAUGUGCAGAUGGUCAUGUACCGUCCGUUCCUCCACCACGUUUCUGGUGGCUCUCAAGCGUGUGGUACAGACAAGUGGUCUUAUGCCUGCGUGGCCGCCUGCGUUAGUGCCUCUCGAAACAUCAUCCACAUCACGACCGCAAUGCAAAAACAAGGUCUACUCAAUGGAUCAUUCAGGUUCAACAUGUACACCACAUAUUUUGCUGUCCUCUGUCCGCUCUUCUUCGUUAAUGAGAGUCCGGAUUCACCAACGACCAACGACAGCAUCCUUGCUAUAGAGGGAAAGAAUACAUUGGCUGGCUUGGCCAAGAGAAGUUUGGCUGCCGACCGAUAUUUUCAGACCUUAUGUGACGAUUAA